AUGCACCUCGCCAGCGAGAUAAGCCAAAUGGCGCUCUUGGCUUCUGGAAACACUCCAGUGCCCGCAAUAGAGCAGUUCGGGGCAUCCUCAAGGGGUUGGGAUGACAUGGACACAGGAGGGUUGAACAAUACCUUUACUGGUCUCAGUCCCGGCACGCAUACACUUGUGAGAUCCAAUGAGAACCGGGGAGAAUUCAACACAGGUGUUCAAGAGACUGGACACCAUGUGCAGCUGACCGACUUACCAAACGAAGUUUUGUACGAGAUUCUGAGCCAUCUAGACGUCUGCGAUUUGUUUUCAGCUUCCAAAACCUCCCACCACCUCCGCACCCUCUCCACCUCUCCAACCCUCCACACCCUCCGCCUCCGCCGCGCCCGCCUCCUCCUCCCCCUCUCCCUCACCUCCCCCUCCCGCCCUUCCCUCACCGACCUCAUCCGGCGCUCCAUCUUCCUCACCAACACCGCCCUCAUCUCCCGCAAGCUCGCUCGCAAGUUAGCCUCCAUCCACCUCGCCCGCCGCCUCGCCGCCCGUCCCUCAGCCGAGCAGCUGGUUGAGCGCUGUGUUUUGCCUGCUGAGUGCGUUCCUCAUUCUUCUCGGACUGGGACUUCUGGGACCAGAAAGAAAGUGGUCGUGGUAGCGCCGGCGUUGGUGGCGAAGAAGAGAGCGGUGGAGAGAGAGAGGGUGAAGGAUGGGCUGAGGGGGUGGAUUGGGGAGGUCUGGAUGGGGAGAGUUAAGGAGAGGGAAGGGAAGGUGAGGAAGGAAGAGGAGGAGAGGGGGGUCGGGAGGGUUUGGAGGUUGAGGAAGUUUUGGGAGGGGGUUAGUGCUGGUGGUGGGAAGGGGAGGGUGUAG